GGUUGAAACAACGAUUGCCAACGUGACGUUUCACCAGCGUCGUUAAAACUAUAUUCACAUCACUGCUCUCGAGAGUGUUAAGACUGCUUUGCUUUCCCACAAGAAGAAAUGGCAUCGUUACACGUAGAGAAAAAAGCGAUGUAUGGCCAUCAAAGGCAGGGUUCUGAUUCUGCUGCAUUUAAGGAGCUCACAAAAAGAGAUGCUCAAAUCCAACUAGCAGUUGAACUUGAAAAACUUCUCAGAACUUGCUCGGAAUCGAAUCGCGAAGGAACUGAGAGAGAAUUUGGUGGUUUUCGCCGACUGUUCGUGAGAUUUCUUUUAGACCCAACUUCAUCUGUUCAGUGGGAAAAAAUAGAAAAACUUCCUGAUGGAGCAGUGUGUGAUUAUGAGAUGCUACCUACUCCAGCAUCCUCUCAAAUACGGGGAAUGUUGGACAAACUUGUUGUUAUCAAGCUGAAUGGUGGACUUGGGACAUCAAUGGGCUGCCAAGGGCCGAAAUCAGUUAUUUCAGUCCGAAAUGAUCUAACCUUUCUUGAUUUGACUGUUCAGCAAAUUGAGAAUUUAAAUAAGACAUACAAUGCAAAUGUGCCACUAGUCUUGAUGAACUCAUUCAAUACAGAUGAGGAAACUCAAUUAAUCAUUCAGAAAUAUACAAAAUUUGAAGUCCAAAUCCAUACUUUUAAUCAAAGUAAUUACCCGCGAAUCAACAAGGAAUCUCUUAUGCCUAUAGCCAGAAAUUGUAGCACUGCUGCAGAUAUGGAAGCUUGGUAUCCUCCUGGUCACGGCGAUUUUUACGAGUCAUUUUAUAAUGCUGGUCUAUUGGAAGAGUUUAUCAAACAGGGUCGAGAAUAUUGCUUCAUCUCCAAUAUUGAUAACUUGGGCGCAACUGUCGACUUAAAUAUUCUCAAUAUGUUGUUAAACCCUGGCGAAGAUGCCGGCAAACCCAAGGAAUUUUUAAUGGAGGUUACAGAUAAAACCCGAGCUGAUGUUAAGGGUGGUACUCUAAUUCAAUACGAAAACAAAUUGCGCCUGCUGGAAAUCGCUCAAGUCCCAAAGGAAAAAGUGGAAGAUUUCAAGUCUGUCAAGACAUUUAAAUUUUUCAACACUAACAAUCUGUGGGUCAAACUACCUUCCAUUAAGCGAAUUAUCGAGAAUGGCACAUUGGAUAUGGAAGUAAUUGUUAAUCCAAAGACCUUAGAUAAUGGGGUGAACGUUAUUCAACUAGAAACUGCUGUUGGUGCUGCCAUGAAGUGUUUCGAAGGGUCAAUUGGCUUAAAUGUACCUCGUAGCCGGUUCUUGCCCGUCAAAAAGACUUCCGACUUGCUUUUAGUCAUGAGCAAUCUCUACAAUUUGAAGUACGGAAGUCUCUCUAUGAGUCCUUUGAGGAGUUUCCCAUCAACGCCGCUCAUUAAACUUGGAGAAAAUCAUUUUGCCAAAGUUCGUGAAUUUCUUAAGCGGUUUGCUACAAUUCCCGAUUUGCUAGAAUUGGAUCACUUGACUGUUUCGGGAGAUGUAACGUUUGGACGGAACGUCUCUCUUAAGGGUACGGUGAUCAUUAUUGCCAAUCAUGGAGACCGUAUUGAUAUUCCGUCGGGGGCAAUUUUAGAAAACAAAAUUGUCUCAGGUAAUUUGCGCAUAUUGGAUCAUUAAAAUUUUUCAGCAGUUAUUAAUCAAAAGAGUUGCUUGUAAUCUUGUUAUAAAGCUAGUCUUGCCAAUAUUUGAAUAGCAGAUCUGUAGUCAUUUGUAGCAAUAGAAAUAUAUUCAAUAAAUCAUUUACAAGUUGUUAUAGAA